UAUUUCAACCUUUUUUUCUGAAAUUGAAAACCCUAACCCCUCAAUUAUUACUCUCUUUCUAAAUUAUGACUCGCCGGUUUAGAUUUCUGCUAACUUCUAACUCCUCCUCCACUUCGCCGGCGGCGGAGGAAGCGGAGCCACCGUCAGCCACGGCAGCGGAGUCCGACUUCAUCGUUAUACUUGCUGCUCUACUCUGUGCAGUAAUCUGUGUUUCCGGACUCAUCGUAGUAGCUCGUUGUACUUGGCUUCGGCGGGACCCGCCGGAAAAUCCACCGCCGGUGAAGAAUAAAGGCUUGAAGAAGAAAGUUCUCAAGUAUUUACCGAAAUUCAAGUAUGAUCCGUCGAGCGGUGAGCUGCCGUUCGCGGCGGAGUGCGCGAUUUGUCUGGUGGAGUACGUAGAGGGAGAUGAAAUUCGAGUGUUGCCGAAUUGUGGCCACCGGUUUCACCUCCAGUGUGUUGAUACGUGGCUUUUGACGAACUCGUCGUGUCCUUCCUGCCGGCAGAUUCUCGUCGUUGCUCGUGCUCGGUGCCGGAAGUGCGGCGAAGUUCCUGCAAUUUCCGGCGAAUCUUCCGACGGAGGUCAAAUUUUAACGCCGGUGUAGUCUACAACUUCCGGUA